UGCAUCAUCCGUUUGGACCCGUACCCCGGCUCCUGCGCUGAGAUGCCCCAUUAGCUGCUCACCCAGGCUGCUGCAGCCUCGGGCUAAUGGCCCUGCCUCCCCGCCCUCCUCUACCUUCCGGCUCACUGCCCAUCCUGGACGCCCUCCCUCAGCCCAGCGAGGGGGACUCCUGAGCCUCAGAGACAUCUGGCAGCGCCAAGAGUCUCAGAAACCAGGCGGCCUUUCCUCGAACGGGACCUGCUCGCUUCCUUUGUGCUUUAAGCGAGGAUACGAGGAUACGGGGAUACGAGGAUACGAGGAUACGGAGGACAGGAAGCAGAGGCCCGAGCUAGAGACCUCACUUGGCGCCCAGGCUCGCCUGCUCCCUGGGGGCCUCCCUCGUUGAGAUAGUUGGUGUCGCGCUAGAUGGCUUCUAGCGCUGGGGGCGGUCCGUGACCCCGGGAGCCCCUGCCCUGCCCCCCCACCCUGCCCGGGCCCAUCCCAGGGUGGGGAGCGAGGGGAGCUCAGCCCUGGCCCCAUGGACCUGCCCCCGCAGCUCUUCUUCGCCCUCUAUGUGGCCGCCUUCGCGCUGGGCUUCCCGCUCAACAUCCUGGCCAUCGGGGGCGCCGUGUCCCACGCCCGGCUCCGCCUCACCCCCAGCCUCGUCUACGCCCUCCACCUGGGCUUCUCUGACCUCCUGCUGGCGGCCUCCCUGCCCCUGAAGGCGGUGGAGGCGCUGGCCCUGGGCGCCUGGCCUCUGCCCGCCCCGCUCUGCCCCGCCUUUGCCCUGGCCCACUUCGCGCCCCUCUACGCCGGCGGGGGCUUCCUGGCUGCCCUGAGCGUCGGCCGCUACCUGGGGGCCGCCUUCCCCUUGGGCUACCAAGCGGCCCGCAGGCCGCGCUACUCCUGGGCCGUGUGUGCGGCCAUAUGGGCCCUGGUCCUCUGUCACCUGGGGUUGGUCUUCGGGCUGGAGGCUCCGGGAGGCUGGGUGGACAACACCACCAGCUCCCUGGGCAUCAACACGCCGGUCAACGGCUCUCCAGUCUGCCUGGAGGCCUGGGACCCUGCCUCAGCGGGCCCCGCUCGCCUCACCCUCUCUCUCCUGCUCUUCUUCCUGCCCCUGACCAUCACGGCCUUCUGCUACGUGGGCUGCCUCCGGGCACUGGCCCGCUCAGGCCUGAGCCACAGACGGAAGCUAAGGGCAGCCUGGGUGGCCGGCGGGGCUCUGCUCACGCUGCUGUUCUGCUUAGGACCUUACAAUGCCUCCAACGUGGCUGGCUUCCUGCGCCCCGACAUAGGAGGCUGCUGGCGGAAACUGGGGCUCAUCACGGGGGCUUGGAGCGUGGUGCUCAACCCACUGGUGACUGGCUACUUGGGAGGGGGCACCGGCCGGGUGACAAGUGUGGCAAGAACGAAAGGAGGGACAUCUCAGAAGUAGUAGCCGCUGCUGGGGACAAGGG